CAUGAUGAACAGAAGUGGGGUUUUGCGAUUGGAAACUCGAAGCCGGGCCAAAGAUGAUGUUAAAAGGGUUAUGCUCUCCGUGGAGCGUGUUAGAAAGUGGGAGAAGAAAUGGGUAGAUGUUGGAGCUGGAUCUUUGAAAGUUUUUAAAUGGGUACCAGUGAGUAGUCAAGAAUCUGACAAGAAACAGGAGAAGAAGGCUGAUCCUAGGAAACAAGAUCUCUCUAAUGGAACUGAAUACCCCAUCAGAGAUAACCAGUCAAUUUCAUCAAGCACUGGAGAUAUAAAUGACGACAGUAAUGCAUCCUCACCAGCGCUGCCAUCUAGUCACCUGUCAGAACUCAAUCAAAAGAACCUCACAGAAAAUGGCACACAGAGUCAUCUUAUUUCUAACAAGAGAAAACAUGAAGAAAUUGAAGAACCAGAUAAUACAGAAGACAAUGGUAAUGAUGAAAACAGUGAAAGGGACAGUUUCUUACAAGAUGAAAAUUCAAAUAGUGGAUUUGAUAUAAAUGAGGAUAGUAAUAUGACAAGCUUAAAUGGUGAUGAGACAAAUGAUGGAUUUGAACUAGAUAAUAGUUUUGGUAGCCAUGGCAUAGAGAUAAAUGACCAAGACCCUAACAUACAAAGUGAACAAAACAAUGAAGAUAGUAGAACAAGACAAACAGAACAAGAAGGACAGGACAACAAUGCUGCCACCUUGACUGUUAGUGAAGAAAGUGCAACAUUAACCUUAAAUCGUAUUGGCAUGGGAAUGCUACAUGAGGGAGACUCCGGUGUUGUUGAUUCUACCACAAAUAAUAGUAUAAAAACAAAAGCAAACCUCCCAGUAGGGCAAAGUAAAGAUGAUACACAGAGCCAUUAUACAGAAAACACCACAGACAAACCAUUAAAGGAAACAGGAAGCCCAUCAUCAUUAAAAGGUCAUGGUUUAGAAGAUAACAAGGAAAGUUUACAACAGUAACUUGUUGCAUUUGGUUAUAUGACAUAAAUAUUUGCCAAUUUAUUUAUAAGACUUCUAAAUAAAGAUGUACACAUUGUAAAUAAAGCUUUCCUCUAGAAAUAUUAUUAUAAACUAGUUUUUUUUUGUGUAGUAAGCAUAGAAAUAAUAAUUCAAAAUAGGAUGAUAUGAGAGAAAUAAGAUAUUAUUGUAUGUUGUGUAGUAAGAUGGCUCACCUCACUCAGAACAAAUUCUCUGAUGAUCUUAAAAGACAUGUUUUCUUCUUGUUUUGAACAAGGGUAUUGGAUUACAUCUUCCAAGAGGUGAAAUCCUAACAUGUUGUAAAGUGUACAUCAUGGAUUUAAAGAAAGGAGUAAGUUUUGGUUGUGUCUGUUUUGUACCAGAAAAAUGUAAAAGAACAAAAUGUCACCUAUCUUUACAUUUUGUAAAUAGACAGAUGUAUUUAACAGAUAACUUUUGCCCUGAUAGAGUAACUAACACAAGUUGAUUUUUUUCCUGUCUGUAAAAUUGUGAAAAAGCUAUUAUUAUUUGUACAAAUUUAUGCCAAUUAUUUGGAAAGUAGGCAUUUAUUUUGUAACUUUGGUUUCAUUUCACAACUUGAGUGUUGGCACUCAAGCAUUGUUUCCAUUGUAAUUGUUACAAAGAUACAUGGUGUACAAUCAGUAUGAUCUGUAAAAUGAUUAUCUCUUACUAUCUAUAAUUUAUCAAAGACUCAAAAUAAAUUAAUAAUAAACAUUGCA